AAUUGAUCAAAUAGAAGUGCAGGCACCUACUGUGGCCAUUCACACUUCACCAGUUGAGCUCGCACAACAAGCUCGAUCGGCAGCUCGAUCGAGUCCAACUCUAGCUCGAUCGAGUCCGACCUCUUCUGUCCCAGCCAUUUUGCUUGAUCCUUACCAACCAGUUGCCGCUUCCUCGUCUCGCCUACUUAGUCAAGGUCACAAGGAAGUGAUUCACAAGUUCAGAAGAGAUCUCAGUGGGAUUGGAAUUGAAGGUCCUACAGAGUCUACUCAUCAGUUCAACCUGCUUACUUCACCCACUUUCCUACCAAAGGUCAAGGAUCAAGGGAAAUUCACUCUCCCUUGCACACUUGGGCAUCUUGAGCUUGACAAUGCCUUAGUGGAUUCUGGAGCAAGCAUCAAUCUGAUCUCUCUCUCCAUGGCAGAGAAACUAGGCAUUGCUGGAGCCUUGCAGCGCCCUACUACUUCAAUCAUGUUUGGAGAUGCAACUUCUAAGUCUCCUCUUGGAGUGUUCAAGAACUAUCACUUGAAAAUUGGAGAAUGCAUCAUCCAAACUGAUCUCACUGUGAUGGAAAUGGAAGAAGAGAAGGAUUUGCCCUGUUAUUGGGAACCCCUUUCCUUACCUAGAGGUUCAGACUUUUGUGCCACAAUUGACAGUACCACUCUCAGUUCUAAGAGUCAUGGAGCUACAAAGGUUGUGAAGGAAAGGGUUGACAAGGAACCAAGAGUUGGGAAGGAUAAGGAUGAGAGAGGACCAAGGAUUGAGAAGCCACGUCUUGAGAGGGCUAGAGUUGAGAAACCACGUUCUGAUAGGCCACGAGCUGAUAGACUUGUUCAAGCCCCUUGUGUGCUUGAUGAAGAGAAGCCUUCAAGCUUUGUUUGA